AUUUGAGCAUUUACUGUACUUAUUAAAAACCCUGCCGUCCUGGCCAACACUGUGGUUUUCUCCUGCAUGAAAUGUGCAAAACCCCGGGUGCGCCUCUUUAUCUCAUGAACUGGUAACAAAAAAAAAGCAACCGCUUUCUACUUCCAAAGCGAUACAUUUCCAUUUUUGUUAAUUUUUGUUGACCGCCUACUUAUUCCGAGGUUGCUGGCUCCCCCGCACUGACACCCAAGUGCCUGCUCUGGUCUUCGCUACUCCCAGUGGCUGCGGCGCCAGUCAGCCCGCCUUCGGAAGGCGUGACUGCGGCCGAGCCCUGGUUCACCGAGCGCUCUCGCAGAUGGGAGGGACGGUCGUGCGAGCUGUGUGUGCACUUCGUCUCUGCGCUGGAUGGAAGCCGAGGUACAGCCAGCUGAUGAACCUCUGGGACGUUAAAGCAGCAGGCUCUAGGUGAAAACUGCAGAGACAUUGGCAGCAUAAACAGCGAUUGCUACCACUGUCAUGGAGAAGAUUGGCCGGCUGUUCAUCAACCUCCAGCAAGUCCAGCAGGUCCCUCAGAUGCUGAAGGAGGCUGCGCCCUCCCUACCCUGCACCAUGAGGGAGGGCGAGGUGCCCUGCUACCUCCGGGAGCGCUACAUCCACACCGGCUACCGCCAGAUGCACCAGGGUUGGCGCUACUACUUCCUGUCCCUCUUCCAGCGCCACAAUGAGACGGUCAACGUGUGGAGCCACCUCCUGUCCACCCUGGUGGUCCUGAUGAAGCUGUCCCAGCUGGCGGAGACGGUGGAUUUUGUGGGGGACGUCCAUGCCUGGCCCCUCCUCAUUCUCCUCCUGUCCUCUUUGGCCUACAUGAUGUGCAGCACCCUUGCCCACCUCCUCUCUGCCAAGUCAGAGUUCUGCCACUACGCCUUCUUUUUCCUGGACUACGUGGGGGUGGCGCUGUACCAGUAUGGCAGCGCCUUGGUUCAUUUUUACUAUGCCAUCGAGGGCAGCUGGCACUCUCUCCUUCAAGGUAUGUUCAUGCCCUGUGCUGCCUUCUUAUCUUGGUUCUCCUGCCUGGCCUGCUGCUACAGCAAGUACUGGAGCCACAACCUGCCAUACUGGCACCGCAAGGUGGUUCAGGUGGUGCCCUCUGGCCUGGCCUACGCCUGGGACAUCAGCCCCGUGGUGCACCGGAUCUUCUCGUGCCACCCCUGCUCCCAGGAUCCCGCGGUGUUUUUCCACGUCGGCCAGGUGGCCUUCUUCCUGUCCAGCGCCUUCUUCUUCACCCAGCCUCUACCUCAGAAGUGGUUCCCGGGGAGGUGUGACGUCCUGGGACAGGGCCACCAGCUUUUCCACGUGCUGCUGGCCCUCUGCACCCUCAGCCAGAUCGAGGCCUCCCGCCUGGACUACCUGGGCAGGCGGCCGCUCUACCAGCGUCUCCAUGGCGACGCGGCCGCCCUCCACUUCUCCCUCCUGUUUGUCUUCACUGGAGCCGUCAGUGCCCUGACCGCUGUUGUCAUGAGUGGGAAAGUCCGCAGCUCCCUUGACCACAGAGACAAACUGAAGUGAAGACCCGCUGAUCUUGGUGUUAAUGCCCUAGCCUGUGGUUUAAGGAUGCACUAUAAGUGCAGCCUAUUGCUCUUGUACUUUUUCACUGCUAACACCUUAUUAUUGCUGCAGACGUGCUCUACAGUAUCGCUCGGACUGUGAAGACUAAUUGCUUGAGAUAUGCGAGUACUGUUUUGAAGUCUCUACUGUUCUCGAAGUGCCUUCCUGUCUGCCACAAAAAUGCAGAGCUUCUCUUCUAGUACAGCGCCUGUGGAGAAUGAAGGUCUAUUUCUGCAAAGGUCGUUUGUGUCUAUAUUUUGUGUUUUUAGCUGUGCAAAAAUACAGUAGUUGGAGGUCCCGUUACGUAUGCUGGUCCACUGCAAGGGCAUUAUUUUCACAGCUUGGAUCAAAUCUGUUGUUCUUUUUAAAUCAAAUGUUCCCAUUUUUUUUUGUGGUCACAGACAUUGGUGGAAUAUGAAUGUGUUAAAUUCCCAGAUAGGGUCUGCCCCCCCCCACACACCCCUGUAUUGGAUGAAGCAGUUAGAAAGGAGAUGGAUGGAUGCUGGUUUUUUAUGUUAGGUUUUCUACAUUGACCCAAAAAAGGUUAGAUUUUUAAUUUCACCAGGGCCUGGUUAAAUGUGCAUAAUGCGCAUUAAAUGCGGAUAGAUUUAAAAUAAGACAGAAUGUGCAUCCUUGCUUGCAUUUUACACACAUGUCUAAAUGCAAUCGCAAGCAAAGCACAGGACAACAUCAGUAUUCUUUAUUUAUGCUGAUUUGUUGUCAGAGCUGAGGUUAAUAAAUUAAAAUGAGACCCGUGGACUCUAUAUCACUGAAAUAUGUUGCACAGCUUUCUUCAUAGGGAGCAGGGGUGGAAUUUGCACAAGGUAAUCCAAUCAACAAUAAGGUACAUGUUAAUAGUUCUGUUAAAGAAGAUGCUCAUGGAGUCUUGUUAGUAGCCAUGAGCACCGAAAUCCACAGAGUUUAAGAAUCAUGAAUGUUUCACUUCCAAUAGCCUUUUCCCCAGCUGCACUGUAACACUGACUGCUUGUUUUGCGAAUGUCUUUGGCCUGUUUGACGGGUACAGUCGGGUCUUGCCAAAUUUGUUGCAUCCCUGAACUCUUUGGAUUUCUGCUUUGCUUUUUGUCUUGUUUUUUUUUGUGCUCCGUGCUGUCUGUCACCAGCCAGCGUAGGCAGCAGUGCUGAUUGGCUGGGGCACAGAGAUCACCAUGGGGACUGCUCACGAGGCAGCAGUCCUGCCCAGCUCCUGUGAUGAAUGUGCUGUGCUAGAACAGGCAAGAGGACGAUCUGCAUAGUGGAUUAGUUCAGAGGUUGCUUUCCUUUAUUCUGUCCUCUUUGGCGAGUUUGUGUUCAUUUUGAAAAGAAAAAAAGACAAUACAGUAUACAGAAAAUAUGAAGGCAGUUGCUGGUAGUAUUCAGUUAUUGUAUAAAGGGGACAUCUUAGGCCAUACAAACCCAUUAAUCAAGCCGCAUUCUGAGCUGAUAAAAGCCUGUUGCUCUGCUAUAAUUGAGAGCUAAUUCCCCUUGUUGAGAUCAGGAUGUACAGGUAUGUAUUAACGAGCAACCAUGCAUCAGGCUUCCCACUGAGCUUAGGGCUGAAACUAAAACAGACAUAAUUUCAUUUUUCACCAUUAGCCCAUAACACACGUAAGCACAUAGGAGCACUUUGAAUAAUAACCUGGGCUGCAUUCAGGAAACACCUAAAUCCAUCAUGAUGCUGCAAGACAGAAGCUGGCGUUGUUGAACAUUGGUGACAGAGUGCUCUAAGGAUGUUGGUAAAAAUAUAGUUAUUAAAUCUAAUUGUUUAUGGAGGGUUGCCCAGGUGGGAGAGUCACCUGGUGCAUGCUGCAGUGGGACAGUCUAGGGAAAAUGAUAAAGUAAAGCUCCUGAGAGCAGGUAGGUGCCUGCAGUCCAGCUGUCCUGGAUUCUGCUCUGGGUUGUGUCAUAUGCUCCGGAUCUCCCUGGGAGAAUCGGAGCAGGCUGAAUACCGCUGGGGUUAGUCGGGAUCGAGACAGUGAGAAUUGUGCCUGUCCUGCUGUCCAGGGCGUCAGUUCUGCUGUUGGUGGAUCAAGCUUAGUGCCUGACUGCACGUACGAAAGCGUUGUGUGUGCGUCGUCUUCAUCUUCAGUGAGCUGAGCUCGGUGAGGAAUGGCAGUUCCAAACUGAGGUGCAGUAGUGUUAAUUUGACCUUGUAAAAGAAAAUAUAUCGCAAAGAAAAAAUACUAUCUCUAAACUUUUUUUUUAGAUGUAGCAUGUAAGAUAAUUCUGCAACAUGUUUCACAUCUGUGUUAUGAAUUACUGUAAGUCAUAGUUUGCCACUGUAAGAUAAAUGCUCUUGCCUAACAUUUCUGUGGCACAAAGUCUCAUUUCAAGUGAUUUUUAAUGCAUACACAUGGCAACAAAACAACAGUAACUUACAAUCUCACUUGCCGCACAGAAGAGAUUAAUGCAGGGCUGUCCCAUCCUGGUGGGCUGGUGGUUUUGCAGAGCUGGGCAAGACAUGGAUAAUGUCAUCAUUUUCUUUUAAUUAUCCUAGUAGGUUUUCUUUUGCUCUGAGCUAUAAAAAUGUAUGUGCACCUUUUUAGUGCCGCUGUACAUAGUGAAUAUCAUGCCUAUUUAUCACUUUUGUUUUGUAAUAAAUUGUAAAAAAAAAAUCAGUCACUGUGGUGAUUUAUAUUUGAAGGCAUUUUUAGCAUUUUCUCAUCACUUGUUUGUUGUUAAUGGUCGCCCUCUGGUGGCCAGAAGUUGCUUGUGCAUUGAUCUCAGUACACCUAUUGUGAUACUAAUGAAAUAAUUUCCUGUUGCUGUCCAUCACAAUGUAUGUUCUAUAAAUGGAGAGUUUUGUUCAAUCACGGAAGCUAGAUAGUAAAAUCUUCUCCUCUCGAUUGUAACCGUUCUUAUGUAACACUGAUUCUGACGCUGUAGAUUUGACCACUGACAUGUGCCAAGUCCGAACACAAGAUGCAUUGUGUCUGCAAGCCUAAUAUUCUCAACUUCUGAAUCAAGGUUAUCUAGUGUUGAACUACAGUUAUGCUCCAAUGAUACUUCCAACCUAGAAUAAACCACUUCUAGGUUUCUUAAAUUCAUUCAUGCAAGUGGUAAUUGAGUUUUUCAAC